CGAAGCGCAAUCACUUCGAUUGCAAACGGCUCUUCCGUCGAGGACGAUUCGCUGCGGAUUCAACCUCAGUCUCCUCCCGCCCGUACCACCUCGCGGUUGGCGUACCCCGCCGUCACCGCCUUCGGCCCAAGCGACCGUGCCCCGAUCCGCCGAUGUCAUGCCUUGAGCGAGCGAUGGCGAUCUUCUCCAGCCUCUACGCGUGCCUCAAGAGGAUCAAGCCGGCAGGCCGCCGCGGCGGCGCCGGGAGGACCGCGGGGGAGGAAGCUGAGGACGAGCCCUCCAGCCUCUUCUUCGAUCUCCGGACGCUCCAGGUCGCCACUAACUUCUUCUCCGAAUUGAACCAGCUUGGUCACGGCGGUUUCGGUCCGGUUUACAAGGGGUUGAUGCCCAGUGGCCAGGAAAUAGCUGUAAAGAAGCUAUCUCUCACUUCAAGACAGGGGAUGAGAGAAUUCACCAACGAGGUGAAACUACUACUGAAAAUUCAACACAGAAACCUUGUCAUGUUGAUGGGCUGCUGUGUGGAAGGAUCGGAAAAGAUGCUGGUUUACGAGUAUCUAUCGAACAAGAGCCUUGACUGUUUCCUUUUUGGUAAAGAAAAGUCUGCACGGCUGGAUUGGAUAACUCGGUUCCGAAUAAUUACUGGGGUGGCGAGAGGUCUGCUAUACCUGCAUGAAGAAGCCCCUGCAAGGAUUAUCCAUAGAGACAUUAAGGCUAGUAACAUAUUGCUGGAUGAUCAGUUGAAUCCCAAAAUUUCAGACUUUGGUUUGGCGAGGCUUUUUCCUGGUGAUGACACGCAUCUGAAUACAUUUAGGAUAUCUGGGACUCAUGGUUACAUGGCUCCUGAAUAUGCAAUGCGUGGAUAUUUGUCCGUGAAAACUGACGUUUUCAGCUACGGAGUUCUCGUAUUAGAGAUUGUAAGUGGGAGAAAGAAUCAUGACAGCCAACUCGGUGGAGAAAAGAUGGACCUCCUGAGUUAUACGUGGAAACUCUUUCAGGAAGGGAAGUCAUUGGAUCUAGUGGACUCGAGCCUUGCUAAAUACAACCCUGACGAGGCAGCAAUGUCUAUUCAGCUAGGAUUGCUGUGCUGUCAAGCAAGUUAUGCGGACAGACCGGAUAUGAACUCGGUGCAUCUCAUGCUUUCUAGCGACUCGUUCACAUUGCCCAGACCAGGAAAGCCUGGACUUCAAGGGCGAGUGGGACGUUGGACGACUAACACGUCUUCCGCAUUCACCAACACUAAUCCGAGCAGUACACAAACUGGAGCUACUAAAGUUUCCGCAAGUAGCAGCUUUAUUGAGGAGUAUUCUAGAAAUUCAAUCUCCAUUUCCUCCUUUGAUGAAGGCAGAUGACCGCAGCUUGUUAGGCUAAAAGCAUGUAAGAUUCCUUUAUUAUGUAAAGCUAGUCUAAUAUUAUUUUUUUCAGCAAUUCUUUUGUCGAUAUAGUUGUAGAAAAACGUAAAAUAGAAUCAUGGGGUGCUGUAGGAUUCAUAGUGUAUUCAUGUGACUUUUUCGGAAGAGAUUAGGUACAUUCCUGGUGAUAGUCUUGAAGUGGCAGUCUAGAAUGAAUCCUGUUUCGACUACUAGUCCACUUCUAAACCGAUUGUCAACAUACGAUUACUUCUGCCGACAUGGAGAAAUAUAGGACAUCUCUUUGUGGGUUC